AUGGAUUCAGGGGAUGGACUCCCUGUUUCUGCUGAGCCAGGACUGACUCAUGACAUCCUUGUAUCCCGCACGUCGGUCCGGCCAAAAGCCUGCAAUCAAGUGACUGGGAGGUGCAAGGGAGGCGGUUUGGAGUCGCCUCCAACAAAUAAGUUCCACAUGUCCACUCCGGGAGAACGGAAUAAUAGAAAAGAGUCUCCUGAUUCCGGAGGAAAGACUGGUACGGUAGCGUCAAGUGGGACGGGGUUGCAGGAGUCAUGUAGGCUACCGAAACGGAAAAGGACUAGGAUGGCGAUCUGUACUUAUAACGCACGUACGCUUGCAUCGGAAGCGGCCAUCGAAGAUCUGAUGAUGCAAGCCAAGAAGAUCAAGUACGACGUCAUCGGACUGACCGAGACGAGACGACGUCACCCUCUCAACGCCGUAUAUGAGACUGGAGAAGAACUGUUCUUAGGAACAUGCGACAGUAGAGGUGUUGGUGGAGUUGGCGUCCUCGUCAACACGAGUAUGGCAAAGAACAUCGACUCUUUUGAACAACUUACGACCCGAAUCGGACGUCUGCGGAUGAGAAGAUGUGGCCCAAUACCAGCUUUGACUAUCUUCGUCGCUUACGUUCCAACAUCAAGCUACGAAGAAGAAGACGAAGUCGAAGCUUUCUAUAUGGACCUGGAGAAGUUCUGCCUGACGGAUGUCGCUGUUGUACCAAAGUUCUAUACGGGAUCGGACCAUCGCCUCCGAGGAAAAUUUUCCUUCACAAGGAGAGCAGAGAAAGCCGCCAAAUUCAGAGAGAGAAAUCCCAGGACUACCAUCAACUGGGAUCUCUUCGCUACGCUGGCCGGCUUUUGGGAAGAUUCUGCAAUGGACAACAUCGACGAGGAAUAUGACCGGCUUGUCGAACACCUUCACGACUGCGCGGAGAAGGCUGAGAGUUUUAAAACCACCAGGAGGCGCCUGUCUCUUGAAACUCUUGAGCUGAUACGCCAGCGUGGAGCAGCAUGA